CACUUUCUGGAAUUUUCACACUUCAGCCAGGGUGUAUUUGGUAAUUUCAAAAAGGGCAAGUUAUCUGAGGUAAAUGACGGAAAAACCCACCAGCCGUGACCGGAAGGUCGCAGCUGCGUUGACCAAUAAUUCGCAUUAGGUCUCUUAAAAUUCCAAACGUUGAAUGCAUAACCUAAGUUAGGGUCCGAUACAAGAUCAUAAGAUGAAUGUCACAUAUCCUAUUAUUUCCUAUCUCCCAUUAUUUUAUCGUUUGAUCCUGUUCAUUAUUUGUUCCGAUAUCUUAGAAUUUUUGUUUAGUUUGUAUUUUUCAAUUUUUUUUUCUUGUCGUGGAAAAUUCCCACGAAAGACGAAGUUAGGAUGUGUGAGGUGAAAUAGAACUCCUACUAGAUUUUGUCGUCUUCAUUUUUCAAUAACUUUUGGGAUGUUGGUGUGGCAUCCACACCAUGUGCUCAUCAUAGUGACUCUUGGAGCUCUGACUCUUCCACCGGGGUGAAUUCGAUUGUUUGAACUUUGACAGGCGGCUGAAGUAAAUAACGAAAACCCUGGUCUCGAAGUGUAGGAGACUGACCUACAAUGGUCACAGCCAGGUGAUGCUAAGGUUGACCAAUAAUUUAUUGGAAGUGAUGUAUGGAAUGAUAUAUACAUAUAUCAAUAAUUAUUGGGGUGUGACUUGUGAUCCUCCCAGCCGCCAUCAGCAGUUCAAUUUUUUGUUCGGAAUGGAAAGAAUCUGCCCCAAAGGCACCUCUGCUUUCAUUUGAAUGCCAUUAAAAAAUUGCAUGCAAGGUUGUAACGAUGGACCCUUUCAUUUGAAUAUAAAACCCAAACCUCCCAAGGACUACACCACAGCUUCAGCUUCAGCUUCUGCCUUCUUUUUUAUCUGUUCACCCUGUUCGGUGUUUGGUGUCACUUGAUUUUGAGGCCUAAGAAGAUGGAGGGAAGAAGGGUUGUUGGUUGGGCUGCUAGGGAUGCUUCUGGGCUUCUCUCUCCUUAUUCAUUCACUCUCAGAAAAACAGGUCCUGAAGACGUGGUGAUCAAGGUGCUCUACUGUGGAAUGGACCACACGGAUCUUCAUCAGAUGAGGAACGAAGUACACUCCACUAAUUACCCUUUGGUCCCAGGGCAUGAAGUAGUGGGGGAAGUGGUGGAGUUGGGUUCAGAAGUGAAGAAAUACAGAGUUGGGGACAUGGUAGGAGUUGGAUGCAUGGUUGGGUCUUGUGGGAGAUGCCUCUCUUGUAAUUCCAACAUAGAGCAAUACUGCAAUAACAGAAUCUUCACCUACAAUGGUAUCUACAAAGACGGAAGACCAACUCAAGGAGGGUUCUGUUCUGCCAUGAUUGUUCAUCAAAAGUUUGUUGUGAGGAUUCCAGAAAAGCUUUCACCGGAGCAAGCUGCACCACUGCUGUGUGCUGGGGUGACGGCUUACAGUCCCUUAAGACAGUUCAUGGGGUCCGGUAAGGUUCUCAAUGCAGGAAUUUUGGGUUUGGGGGGAGUUGGUCAUCUGGGUGUUAAAAUAGCGAAGGCAAUGGGGCAUCAUGUGACUGUGAUCAGCUCUUCUGAUAAGAAAAGGGAGGAGGCUUUGCAGCACUUGGGAGCGGAUGCUUUCCUAGUGAGCUCCAAUGCGGCCGAGAUGGAAGAAGCUGCAAACAAUCUCGACUAUAUUCUUGACACCGUGCCGGCUUUGCACCCUUUGCAGUCUUAUCUUUCACUUCUUAAAGUUGAUGGGAAGCUAUUCUUGGUUGGAGUAUCUCCAAAACCACUGCAAUUUGAUGCAACCGAUUUGAUUCUAGGGAAGAAGAAUAUUACUGGAAGUUUCAUUGGAAGCAUGGAAGAGACUCAAGAAAUAUUAGACUUCUGGGCUGAGAAGAAUUUGACUUCAAUGAUAGAGAUAGUGAAGAUGGACUACGUGAACAAGGCAUUUGAAAGAAUGGAAAGAAGCGAUGUCAGGUAUCGGUUUGUGGUGGAUGUAGCUGGUAGCAACCUUGAAUGAUUAACCUCAUCAUCGGCCCCGUCUCUCAGAAAAUACAAUAAAUUUUGAUGGGAUUCUUCCUAUGGCAUGUGUGUCCUGCAACCAGAGUUAUAUUAAUGUGUACCAUGAGUGGAAAUAAGGUUCCAGAAAAAUAAAAUCCUCAUAAAUCCAAUUAUAGACUUUGAUUGAUUUC